AUGAUGUCCUUAGAUAUUUAAAAUGACUACUUAGAAUUUGCAUCAGUUUUGGAUGACAAAUACUAUAUAAUUGAUACAAUUGGAUUUGGAAGAUAUGCAAAAGUAAAGUUGGCAAUUGAUAAGGAGGAUAAACAAAAAUACGCCAUCAAAAUCAUGAAAACAGAUCCGACUACAAGUUAAUGCAGAUCUGAAACAUUUAUAAAUGAAAUUUCAACACAAGCUGAAUUUGAUCAUAAACACAUAAUUAGAAUCAUAUAUUGUAGAAUGAAUGGAAAUUACAAAAAGAUUGAUGGGAGAGUUCAACAGGUUUCUUAUUUUGUAAUGGAAUUGGCCAAUCAAGGAGAAUUGUUCUAAUUAUUAGAACAGUCUUAGCAAUUUUCUGAAAAAUUUGCAAGAAACAUUUUUUCACAAUUAAUAAAAGGAAUUGAGCAUCUGCAUGAACGCGGUGUUGUUCAUAGAGACGUGAAAGCUGAAAAUAUACUAUUUAGUAAUGGUGUACUAAAACUGGCUGAUUUUGGAUUUAGCACUAAGACCAUAGAUGAGAAGGGAUCCAGAGUCCAAUUUGAAAUAUCUCAGCAUAUUGGGUCUCCUGAAUACAAUCCUCCAGAAUUAUAUAAUAUCGGAAAAUAAAAGUUUUACAAUCCAGAACAGGCUGACAUCUUUGCUGCUGGUGUAAUCUUAUUUACAAUGGUGAUCAGAUCUGCUCCUUUCAAGACUUCAAAAUCCACUGAUCCUUACUAUUCCUUAUUAAAAAACAACAAACAAUCCUUCUGGAAGAUCUAUAGUGAGAUUGCAGAUUCAUCUGCUCAAUUUAAAGAUCUGAUUGAAAAAAUGUUGGAUGAAAAUCCAUUAAAACGAAUAACCAUAGAAUAAAUUAAACAGCAUCCCUGGAUGUAAGAAUAAAUGCUUGGCUAGACAGACUUUUAAAAAGAACUAAAGAACAGACACGAUAUGAUAUUUAGUUAAUAAAUAGUAAAGAUUACAAAUAAGAGGGAUACCAAAUUUUCAACUAGAAAAUCAAUCAAAAAAGUAGAAACAGAAACAAUUAGCAAAAGUAUCUCAAAAUGUUCAUAUGAGAAUCUAGAAUUGAUUGACAUGAUAAACGCUAAGUUAUAGAUCAAAUGGAAUUCGCCAAAAGAACAAUUUAAAUAAUAAUCAAAUAAGAGUGAAAAAUUAAAAGUAGGAAUCUAAUAAAAAUAAUAAAAUUUACACUGUUCUAGAACAAAUCAGGAAUCCAAAAGAUCAAGUCCUGGAUCACCCUCGAACGAUUCUGACAAUUGAUACGAACCAAUUAUAUAUAUAUAUAUAUAUUAUUAUUUAAUCAUUCAAAUCUUU